AUGAAGGAAGAGACAGCGACAAUGAAGGAAGAGACGGUGACAAUGAAGGAAGAGAGGGCACCCGUGGCUAGGGAGAUGCUUCUCAAAACAAAGAAGAACGCGCAGAGACGGAAGAGACCGACAGCGCAGAAGAAGCGAAAGAAGUUGAAGGGAAAGAAGAAGGAGGUGAAGGGACAGAAGAAGGAGGCAAAGGGACAGAAGAAGGAGGUGAAGGGAAAGAAGAAGGAGGUGAAGGGACAGAAGAAGGAGGCAGAGGGACAGAAGAAGGAGGUGAAGGGACAGAAGAAGGAGGUGAGGGGAAAGAAGAAGGAGGCAAAGGGACAGAAGAAGGAGGUGAAGGCAAAGAAGAAGGAGGCAAAGGGACAGAAGAAGGAGGUGAAGGCAACGAAGAAGGAGGCAAAGGGACAGAAGAAGGAGGUGAAGGGAAAGACGAAAAAGAAUGACACGGAGGGGGAGGUGGAGGAAUGUGCACAGCAGUGGGUUGGUGUCUCGCCGGUUUCUUUGCGCGCUUCUUCUUUCCACCUCGACGGGAAGGCGACUGCUCCACUUGUGGACUCCAGAAGGGCGGUUGAACGCGUGGGGAUCCUGUGCGAUUUUUCUCGUCAGUGA